UGUGUGUGUAUAGAUAGAUAUGUGAGUUUACGACACUGGUGUAUUUAUGGCCAUGAGUAUGUUAAAGAAAAAAUUGUUCAUGACCUUUGUUGAAGAAUGGUAAGGCAGACCUUAUUCAGAACUACUGCAAUAGGUAUAGGGGUCACUAUGAUGAGGUUCUGCAAUGACAGGAAGAGACUGGGCUUCACUCCAAUACAAGUGGGAAUUCAUAGCCAAGAAGCAAGGUGUGGGGUCAGUAGAUGAAAUAUUACUAAGGAAACAUCAGGGGCCAGGGGAUUCUGGCUAAACCCUAACAGGAUUCUUGCUGAAGGUAGUCGGGGUGAUUGGACAUCACCUGGGGCACGAUGAGAGAUGAGGAACCUGAUCAGAUAGCGAGGGAGAUCAGAUAUUGAGGAUGAGACAUGCUGACUAACCCGACUAAGCAGGAUUCUUGCUAAAAUUGGACUGUGAUAAGAUGAACACGGAAGUCAAAUGUCAGGGCCUCUCUUCUCAAUUAGGACUCUGUCAAGUUAAUAGAACUAAGCUUUCUCCCACUGAAUUUUUUCUCCUCAGACAAUAUCCUCAUUACUCCUUUGAAAUUAUUUAAUCAGAUAUCUGCUUUUCAGCAAAUUCAGUUUUUCACUUUUUAGUCUUGACACUCCCUAACUUAUUUUUUCCUUAAAGUAUGAGAAAUUCAGAAAGACCUAUAAUAAUACAUAGUAUUAAGUCAAUGUGUACCUUCUAAGUUUUUCUAUGCAUGUAUAAUGUCUUAACAAGUAAUGACAUACUUUUGUAACCUGCAAUUCAUUUAAACAUAUUAUGGAAAUUUAUAUUAUUUUUAAACAUGUAACAUAUUCAUAAGGCUAAACAUUGAACAAGUAUAGAAAGGUGGAGUGAAAACAGUCUUCCUGCUGACAUUUUUAAUGGCUGCAGGAUAGUACAUUGUAGGGAAGGACUGUAUCAUUUUAACCCUCUCCAGUUGACAUUUGUGAUGGACUUGUUACUAUUUGGGUUUGGUUUUAUUUUGCUACUCAGAAAUACUUGGUUGAACAGUCUUGCAGAAACAUCUUUGGGUCAUAUUUUCAGGAUAAAUUUCUCUAAUUUCCUUCCUUCUCUUCCAUCCUUUCCUGAUUUCUUCCUUUCUGACCUUUCUCUUUCACCAUGUUAUCUUUUUUGCUGCCUCCAAGUGCAUUUAUCACUCAAGCUUCAACUCAUGUUCCUUUGCCUUUACCUAGCACUUCCUAAUGUUCUCAGGUAUCCAUACUCGGUCCCUGUUCCUUCCCUGUAUUCUCUCAUCUCUCCAGGUGCCACACCUGAAAGAUCAUGCCCAGAAGAUAAAUCUUUCUUUCCUUUGCCAAGGUUCCUAAUAUUUUCAGCUGAAUAGUCUGUUCCAUAUCUUUGAACUUCAGAUACUUAAUGUGAAUGUUGAUCCUGCAGUUAAAACAGUUUGAAAACUGCUGGACUAGAAGGCCCCUUAAACAUUACCUCUACUUCACUGACAAAGAGACAAAAGGGGGGACAGGGAUGGAAAAUAAAGCAGUAUCUUAUCGUCUAUCUUUCAGCAGGCCUUCUGAAGUUUAACUAAAAAUAUGACUGUGCUUGCUUCAGAGAACUGCUCUUCUCAGUACCAGUUACAUCAAACAAGUCAGCCCCUGGAUGGUAACUGUCUGCUAAUCUUGAUUAUACUUGGGAAAAUAUUAUUAAAUAUCCUCACACUGGGAAUGAGAAGAAAAGACACCUGUCAAAAUUUUAUGGAAUAUUUUUGCAUUUCACUAGCACUCCUGGACCUUUUACUUUUGGUAAACAUUUCCAUUAUAUCCUAUUUCAGGGAUUUUGUACUUUUAGACAUUAGGUUUACUAAAUACCACAUCUGCUUAUUUACUCAAAUUAUAUCUUUUACUUAUGGCUUUUUGCAUUAUCCAGUUUUCCUGAUAGCAUGGAUAGAUUAUUAUCUGAAUUUUUCUAAAACCACCCUUCCAUUUAAGUGUCAGAAAUUAUUUUAUUUCUUUACAGUAAUUUUGAUUUGGAUUUCAGUAUUUGCUUAUGUAUUGGGAGAUCCAGAUAUCUACCAAAACCUGAAGGCACAGAAUGUUUAUCCUUAUCAAUGUCCUUUCUACGUCAGCAUUCAAAGUUACUGGCUCUCAUUUUUCAUGGUGAUGAUUUUAUUUAUGGCUUUCAUCACUUCUUGGUCAGAAGUUAUUACCUUGGUACAGGCUAUUAGGAUAACUUCCUACAUGAAUGAGACUGUCCUAUAUUUCCCCUUUUCAUCCCAUUCUAGUUGUACUGUGAACUCUAAAAAAACACUCUUGCCCAAGUUCAUUGUCUGUUUUCUCGGUACCUGGUUACCAUUUGUACUACUUCAAAUAAUUAUCCUUUUAUUUAAAGUACAGAUUCCAGCAUAUAUUGAGAUGAACAUUCCAUGGUUGUACUUUGUCAAUAGUUUUCUCAUUGCUACGGUUUACUGGUGUAAAUGUCACAAGUUUAAUUUAAGAGACAUUGCAUUACCUGUGGAUCCAUUUGUCAACUGGAAAAGCUGCUUCAUUGCACUUGGAAUUCAUGAUCCUGAGCAAACUGAAAAGCCUACAUCAAUUAUAAUUUGUUAACAUGUUGCCAUGUUAAAACUUACAACUGUGGUAUUUUCAAAGAAAAAAGAAUAACUCAGGGCAUACAAAGACUGAACUGAACUGAAGCCUCCCUCAACCGCCUCAAAGUGUAUUUUGGGGCUAUGAUAUUUGUCUUUUUGUUCGUUUUUAAACAAAAUAAUUCCAAGAAAAAAUUUUAUACCUGUUCAGGAAAAUUGCAUGUUACAAAUAUUAACAUAGAAGUGAAAUGAGUUAACAUUUGGCCAUACUGAUGUUUCUGUUAUCCAAAAAAACUACUGGAUGCAAACUGUUAUGUAAAUCUGAGAUGCGCUGCCAACUUUUAUAUAAACUUAAAUAAACAUUUUUAUUUAAUUCACAGCAAUAAAAUCAAGAUGGUUUUCUUAAAA